UCCGGGAGGCCUCCCGGCCUGCGGGACCCAGGAGUCCGGGGGUCCAGAGGCGGGCCCUGCAGGCGGCGGCGGCAGGACCCCCGGGCGGGACCAGGGCUGGGGGCUCUCCGACAUGAGCUGCUGGCUUUCCUGCGCCUCCCACAACGCUCAUGCAUCAGAGUGGAAUAAAUAUGAUGACCGAUUGAUGAAAGCAGCCGAGCGAGGAGAGGUGGAGAAAGUUUCAUCGAUCCUCACUAAAAAGGGAGUCAAUCCUAGUAAACUAGAUGUGGAAGGCAGAUCUGCAUUCCAUGUUGUGGCAUCAAAGGGAAACCUGGAUUGUCUGAAUGCUAUACUAGUACAUGGAGUUGACAUCGCAGCCAGGGAUGCUUCAGGGAGGAAUGCCUUGCACUUAGCUGCAAAAUACGGACAUGCCUUAUGCGUACAAAAGCUUUUACAGUAUAACUGUCCUACUGAACAUGGGGAUCAUCAGAAUAGAACAGCCCUUCAUGAUGCAGCUAUGACUGACUGUACCUCUAGCAUUCAGCUGCUGUGUGACCAUGGAGCCUCGGUGAAUGCCAAAGACGCGGAUGGGCGGACUCCUCUGGUGCUGGCCACUCAAAUGUGUCGACCAAACAUAUGCCAACUUCUGAUCGACCGAGGAGCGGAUAUUAAUGCAAGAGACAAACAAAACAGGACGGCGCUCAUGCUAGGCUGCGAACAUGGAUGUGCGGACGCAGUGGAUGUUUUGAUUAAAAAUGGUGCCGACGUCAACUUGCUAGACUCCCGGGGUCAUGACAGCUCUUACUAUGCCAGAAUGGGGGACAAUCUAGACACUCUGACCUUGGUGAAGACUGCCGUUACCAACUUUAAAGGAAGACUGUCAUUGAAGAAAGGACUGGGUACACAGCAGGCAUCAUAUAUGUCACCAAAGCAAAGUCUAGUACAUAUGCCAGAUGAUGUGAAUAUGAAGUCAAAUCAGAGAGAGCAACAAAAUGUCCAGGAUCUGGAAGUUGAAAAUGGAGAUUUGAAGGAAAAACUGAGACAGAUUCAGCAUGAACAAAUGAUACUGUUAGAUAAAGUGAAUGAAUUACAACUACAGCUGAAUGAGGAAUUCAUGGUUGCCGACGACCUUGAGCGUGAGAAAGAAAAGCUGAAAUCUCUCUUGACAGCCAAGGAAAAGCAGCUCGAAGAAUCCUUGAAAAAUACUGAAGCUCUAAAAAACUUGCUUAAAUAUUAUGAGUGUACUUCUGCAGGUGUUUCGCUCUCUGUUCAUCAACAGAGCAGGUCUUUGUUAAGACCAUUGGAACUGUCCUCACCUGGUCAGUCCUCCCCUGUUGAAAACGAGCUUUUAAAGAAAGAGCUGGAGACCCUGAAAGCCUCUUACGAUGCCAUUAAGCAAGAGAAAACGAAGGUUGGCAAUGAGUUGGCGCAUAAAGUGGCCGAGUGCAAAGCUUUGGCUCUGGAGUGCGAAAGAGUCAGGGAGGAUUCUGACGAACAGAUAAAACAGUUGGAAGAUGCUUUAAAAGAUGUGCAGAAGAGAAUGUUUGACUCGGAAGGUAAAGUGAAGCAAAUGCAGACACAUUUUCUGGCCUUAAAGGAGCACCUGGCCCACGAAGCAUCUGUGGGAACCAGCAGGUUAACAGUUGAUCUCAAGGAGCAGCUGAAAGAUAUGAAAGCAAAAUAUGAAGGCACCUCUAUGGAAGUUGGAAAGCUGAGGAAUCAGAUCAGACAAAAUGAGAUGUUAGUAGAGGAAUUUAAGAGAGACGAAGGGAGACUGGUGGAAGAAAAUAAAAGAUUACAGAGGGAGUUGAGCGUGUCUGAGACUGAUCGAGAGAGGAGCGGGAGAAAAGUUGUGGAGAUGGAAGGCCAGCUCAAAGCGGUGGCCGCUAAACUGUCCCUCUCGGUUCCCGCCGAAAGAUUUGAAAACAUGAAGAGUGUGUUGUCCGGUGAAGUGAACGAGAAAGCAAAGAAGUGUGCAGAGGUGGAAAGAGAAUAUGAAAAGACCCAGGUUAAAGUUAGGCAGCUAGAGAGAGAACUUGAGAACUCCAAAGCCAGGCUCGCUCAGCAUGUAGCACCAGAGGACCACGAACUCCUGAAGAACCAGUUGGAGCAGAAAUCGGGAGAAUUGGAGAAGAAGGUGACGGAGUUAAACCUGAAGAUUCAGGCAUUACACGAGGAAGGCAGAAAGGCUCAUGAAGAGAACAGGCUCCUCAGCCAUCAGGUGCAGAGUUUGAAGGGUGAGAUUAAAAGUCAUUAUGUUCCUCUAAAAUUGAAUGAGGAAAUGAAAAAAUCACAGGACCUGACGAUUGCAGAGUUGAACAGGAAGCUUCUCGACGUCACCCGGAAGUGUGAGGAAAAGCAACUGGAAAAGAGCAGCCUAACGAAGAAUGUCAGCCAUCUCGAAGCUGCCUACAUCCCUCCAGAGAAACACCAAGGGGAGGUGACGACCCUGAAAUCCACCAUCGCGGAACUUCAAGGGCAAAUUUCCGAACUUACUCAGAAGCGCGAUGCCGAACAAGCACAAGUCCUCGCGCUCCGCUCUGAAAAUACCCACCUGAACAGCAUAAUGAAUGACCAGUACGUGCCCCUCGCUAAGCAUGAAGGGGUCAAGGCAGAAUUAAGCCACACCUUAGAUAAAAUGAACAGAGAAUUGUCAGAUGUGAAGAAAAAUCUUGAAGGGGUGAAACAGGAUUUUUUCCUAGUGAAAGAUGAGAAUGGAGUAUUAAAAACAGCCCUGGAAAAUUCACGGAAUCAAAUGCAAAAUGAGUUUAUUCCAAUCAAGGAGCACCAGGAUAAGAUGGCUCUUGUCAGUAAAAGCAUGAAAGAAGUCCAGGAAAAUAAUACUGAACUGCAGGCUAAGUUUAUAAGGGGUCAAGAGGAAAUUGUAACAUUGCAUGGUGAAAUCGAAGCCCAGAGAAAGGAACUCGACACAAUACAGGAGUGUAUUAAGCUGAAAUAUGCUCCAAUUGUCAGUUUUGAAGAGAGAGAACAAAGCUUCAAAGUCACUGUGAAGGAACUGAAGGAUCAGCUGCUAGAGCAGACUCAGAAGUGCAGCGCCAGUGAAGAGGAAAGGAGGAAAUGUCAGGAGGAGAAUGAAAAGUUAAAGCAUGAGGUGCUCACUGUUCAGAAUGAUUUGAAGGAUAAGCGUAUUCUUGUUGAAAAAUCUAUCGACAUGGAAAAGACAUUUUCUCGAAAAACCGAAGAACUGAACCGACAACUGAAAGAUCUUUCAGAGAAGUACACAGAGGUAAAACUCGAGAAAGAGAGGCUCUUAGAAGAAAAUGCCAAACAGGCUUCGGAGGUUCUUGCAGUACAGACAGGGCGGUAUGUACCCCUGGAUCAGGUGGAAGCUUUGAAAAAGUCUCUUGGUGCCUCAAUUGAAGAUCUAAAAGGAGAACUGGAGAGGAAGAGAAUGAGUCAUGAGCAAGAAAAAAAGGCAGUAGGGGAAUUACAGCAGGAGUUGGAGAUUCAAAAGAAGUCUUCAGUGUCCCUUGCGGAGCAUCUUCAGAUGAAGGAAACGUGGGAGAGAGAAGUUGGAAUCCUCAAGGCGAGCGUGAAGGAAAAGGAAGAUGAAAAUCGAGUAACAAACGAGGAAGUAUCGAAACUCAAGGCUGAGAUUGCGAAUUCUAAACAAGUGUUGAAGGAACUGAAGACGAGAGAGGUGGUCGACCUGUCAGACUAUAAAGCAAUGAAGAGUUCUUUGGAGACCCAGGUAAGCAGCGUAACGGAGAAUCUGACCAACUUGAGUAAAAAGUAUAAGGAGAUGUUCGAAGAGGCAUCACAUGCCCGAAAGGACGACCUCCCCACCAGAGGUGAAAAAGAGGUGCAGUCGAGGAGUUUCAAUAUUGAACAAAAAAUCCAGAAUCAGAAAGAGCGGUGCGAUAAGUCAUUGAUGACGAUGACCGAUUUGCAGAGGAGGAUACAGGCGUCGGCCAAACAGAUUGAAGCCAAAGACAGUAAGAUAACUGAACUACUUAGAGACAUAGAACGCCUGAAACAAACAGUCAAUGGUCUCUCACAGCCUACCAACGCUGGGGAGAAUCCAACGAAGAAACAAAACCAGCAGGUUGAAGCACUGCAGCACCAGGUGAAAUCCUUGAAGCAACAGCUGGCUGACACCGAAAGGCAGCACCAAGAAGUGAUUGCAACUUAUAGGACUCACCUCCUGAGCGCUGCCCAGGGUCACAUGGAUGAAGAUGUUCAAGCUGCCUUGAUGCAAAUCAUUCGAAUGAGGCAGGAGCUUAUUUGCUAGCAGGCCUAACAGUGAUGCUAAAUUUACUUGCUGACUGGUCAAGCGGAUCAAAAGUGUUCAGUGCAAGAUUUAAUGUGUCAUGGAAUCUAUUGCAUCUUGGCUGGCCAAGUUGCAUUUUUAUUUAACUAAUUUAAUAACUAAUUGCCUUUGCUUUUACUGGACGUACAAACCAUUUUUCCCCUUCUUACACUGAAAAAGCAUGUGUGCUUUUUUUGUACAGAGAUAUUUUUUCAUGAAUUCUUUGUAACGAGUUACAUUUUAGAUUAAGAACAGCAGGACUGGAAUAGUCUCCCAAUAUUUCUUGCUAUGAUAUUUAAAGAAAAUUUGGACUUUUCAGAGAACCGAACCUUCAGCCAUUAUCCAAAGUCUUUGUCACACUGUUCUUCAAACCAAAGCACCCAUAGGUUCAACUGGUGUUCAGUGCUUAUUAGUAGGAAAAUUAGGGGAAAAAAUCUAGUUUUCAUACAAAAUUGGCAUGAGCUUUGCCACCAAAGGGCUAAUUUAAAGCUUUAAAUGGAAGUGCAAUAAUUAAAAAGUAAAGUCUGCAAUAAUUUUAGAUAUUCAGGAGAAGGAAGUCAAGUUGGGAAUCCUUAAGGAGGAAAAAAAUUUUAAUUUCUGAUUAGUGAAAUAUGUAGCUGUCUUGUUAUCCUUUUUUUAAAAACUCUAUUCCUAUCCAAACAGAAAAAACACCAUCUUGAGUGUUGAUAGCAAAUAAGGCUGAGAGAAUAAUCAUUGCAGCCAAGCUCUUGUAGAUUAAAGCAGAAGGUGCCUAUCCAUGAGGAAACCAUGAGGAAGCUUUGGUUUUCCAAAGCCAGCCUCACCGUUCCACCACCCGGGACUGAAGAGACAUCAAUGUGAUGGGAAUUCCAUGUGAACCGGAGAGAUACCAGUGGCUGCCCAAAAUGGUUUUGAACACAAUCCUAUAUAUGUAUCAUAUAUCAUAGAUGAUAUAUCUAUAUUCCUUUCAUUAGGAAUACUUAUUUAGAUAUUCCAGAAGCAUAACCAAGUUCUGCCCCUUUCCUUUAAACUUCUAAAUCGAAAUCUAGAAGCCGGUGGGAACCUCAGUCCCAAGAGCCCUUUCAGCUUCUCUUUAGCAUUGAAGCAAGCUUUGAUCUUCCCAUUGAAGCUCCGAGUGCAGAGAAGUGGACAAAGGAAUACUGACCUUUUGACAUUAUGGUUUUCCUUAUUUAGAUGUUAUGUCUAUUUCAUUUCUCCUACAGCCAUAAAUAAAAGGAUGUUCUUGGUG